UUAUAGGUUUGGUAAUAUGUCUUAACAGUUUAAAGAGGUCACACAUUGUGCUCUGAAAGGAUAAACUUUUGAAAGCAAUUUUUGAGCUGUCGGAGAUUAAGGAAACAGACAUGGACACUCACGGGAAACAAGGUGAAGUUUACCUUCAACAUCAGAAACAUGGUGAGAAGUGGAAGCGAUAUUGGUUGGCCCUUCAUCCGGCUAGUCGGCAUGGCAUUGCACGAUUGGAAUUAUCAGAAGCUGUUCACGAACGGUCAACUGUGGUCAGACGACAUCCAGAGAGGAAAGUUGUACGUCUGGCUGACUGUUUGAGUGUCGUCAAGCUGCCUCCUCAUGCAGAGGCUUGUCCAGGGGAAAACAUGUCUGCCUUCUGUGUGGAGACAGAGGAGAAGAGGCUAGUGUUUGCUGCAGACAGAGAAAGCUGUGGAGAAUGGGUGGACAUAAUAUGUAACAUUGCUUUUCAGAAACACACUAAAAGUGCUCCACAGCCGGUACCACUUAUGGAGGACAAUCAGAUCUACGUGUCCAGAGAACAACUGUCUGAGUUUAAAGUAGUUGUGCUGCAGAAUGAGGCUUCAAUUCGUUGUGGCCUGAAAGGACAGUACUGGCUGCAAGCUGAUGGGGACAUGCUAGUACUGCAAGAUCUGGAGACCAGGAAGACUGUCAUGGAGUGGCCAUACAAGCUGCUGCGCCGCUAUGGGCGAGAUAAGAUGCUGUUUUCUAUAGAAGCAGGCAGGCGCUGUGAAUCCGGCCCUGGAAACUUUAACUUUGAGACCAGGCAGAGUGAAGAGAUCCUCCGCCUUAUUGAGUCAGCUAUUCGUCAACAGAAGAGCCUCGCCGUUACUGGAGAAAAGCACUCGCCACAUUCUCCACGUUCUCGCUCUCCUCGCUCACCCCUGCCCAAACGCCCUGAAAGUUUUACUUUGCUUGAUACAGAGGGCAAUAACAGCCCUCAGUCUUCAGAUGCAUCUCCCCAUCUCAGCCCCAUCUCAAAUCCUGUACAAACAAAACCUGCGAGUCCUAUUGGCUCAACUGAAGCUGUAUAUGCAAACACCGCAGGUUCCAUAAAAAGCACACACUCAGAUCAUAGUGGCAGUAUAAGCUUGAUUGAGCCUGUGUAUUCAAACCCUGCAAUUUUAAUAGGCAAACAUGAAUCAGUGUAUGCAGAUCCAGCAGAUCUCAUCAAAUCCCAUCAUAGUGUAAAGAAAGAUCCUCUCCCAUCUCAUCAUAGUGAUGAUUCAGAACCAGUGUAUUCUGAUCCUGCUGAUGUCAUCCGCCCAAAUCCUAACAAGUGUGUCCAUGCCAACCCUAGAGACACGAUGGACUGUCAGCCUGCGAAGACAAUUAUGAACAACGACAAGCAGCAAGAACCAGUGUACUCUGAGGUGUAUAACCAUGUCACACUAAACUUAAGUAUAAAACGUGACCAGAUGAUUGAGGAGCCCAUUUAUAGUGUACCCGAGGUUACACAGGCAACCCAAAGCAAUAACUCUCAACAAAACAAAAUGCUUGAUGAGAACCAACCCAUCUACAGCAAAGUUAACAAACCACCCAAAACUCCUCAGCCUCUCGAAGAAAAGAAGCUAAGCCAAACACGAGAGGUUGUCUCUGAGGACCUUGGAAUGAUUUAAUUAAAUCCGUAAUAGAAUUUGUCUUCACAAACAUGUAGCUUUUAAUUUUUAAUAUUUAAAAUUUUAUUCUCCCCCACCCCACUGUUUUCAUAAUUUAUUAAUCCAUUCUACCGGACAUGGUGAAAUAAUGACUGAAAAUAAAUUUUCUAGUGUAACACUGAUGCACAUCAUUGUUUUGAAUUUAUGUAAGCAAUAAGGUCUCUUUCUCACAAUACUCUUCUACAUAAUACAAUAAGCUUCAAUGAACAAUAUAAAUUGAGAACAAACAGUAUACUUUGCUAAGGAUGUAGUGAUACACAGAACCGUUGGGUGAAGCGAUCAUAGCCGUGUUUUAUUGUGAAUAAAACACAGCUAUUGACCAAUCAGAAUCAAGUACAGGAACUAACUGUUUUGUAAAUAUAUACAUAGUUUUUAUAAGCCAAAAUAUGUUACAUGUUUUAUUUAUAUAUUUGCAUUGAUGUACCACAGCAGAAUUAAAUAAUUGUUAUGAUAAAUCCAGCGUAUUUUACUGACACAUGGCUAAAAUCUCAGCAGACCAGACUAGUUCAGACCAGUGAAAAAAUAAGUAAUUCAAGGAUCUAGUCAGAAAACAGGAUUUGGAACAAUAUGAGGGUUAACCCUUGUAUUAUGUUGGGGGUCAAUUUGACCCAUUUCGAUUUUUGAGUUGUCGAAAAUACUGAUUAACCUAUGAUUUUUUUUCUUGACAUUUUGUUACUUUUUCUCAUUUAGAGUCAAACAUGCAUGCAAAGUGAGAAUACACUGAUGUGUUGCGAAGUGUAUACACACACUUACGCUUUUGAUGUUUGCGGGUCAAUUUGACCUGCAUGUUUUUUUAUGUUCCAUGGCAACUGUACAGACUCAAAAUGAAAACAAUGUCAAAUUGUUCAUUUGUGAUGUUGUGAGCAUACUUGGGAGAUUAUUGUAGAAGUAAAAAAUUAUAGAAAUGAAGUUUAAGUUUAUGAAAAUGUAAACAAAUUGUAUAUAUUUUAUAUAAAAUACAUAUUUUACUUUUUAAGACUGCAAAAAAAAAAAAAAAAAAAAAAAAAAAAAGAAGAAGAAAAGAAGAGAGAAAUCAAAACCAUAAAUCUGAACAAGUGUUCGAAAUUUUAGGUUGAUAUCUCAAAAAAUGAGCUUUCAGUAAGAUUUUGUUUGGACGCAGUACCAAACUUUUCCACUAGAUGACAUCCAGGCUCCAUUUGUGACCAUAUAAGGAUCCACCCAUUCCCAUAUAGUUUGAGUGAUCUGAACCAUAUAUUUCCACAGUUUUCAUAUUAUAUAUAUGAAGUAGACAUCAUAUUCAGAAGUAGCUUGGGCAGUAUGGUAAUAUUUGAUUUGAAUGCAACCUCUAACAAACACAUAAAAGACAUGCAGAAAGAAACUGCAAAAAAAUAGUAGUUAAACAUUUUUAUAAAUCAUAAGUUGUUGUUUUUUCUUGUAAUGUGUGUAUUGAUAUUAAACGCUUACUGUUUGUAAGUUA